AUGGAAGAAAUACAGUCUCAAUCAGAUAACUACAGAUCUUCAUCAUCUUCAGCAAGCAGUCCUGCUAGCAGAGUACCAUCAAGCAACUUUUUCUACUUAAGAAAACCAGGUGCUUUAAGACAACCAAUUUCAUUUGAAGAUUCACCUGAUUGGGAAGAACCAGAUGUUGAAGUUAGGGUGGAAGAGAGUGGUGGUGGUGGUGGUGACUCCAUUAACACCGCCACCACCCCCAUCUCACCAUCUCUUUCAAAGCUCAACAGUGGCUCCAUGCCAUCUCCACCAUUACCAGAAGGUGCAGUUGUAGCAAGAAAGAUAGCAGGUGCUACAAUGGUGUGGAAGGAUUUAACAGUUACUAUAAAAGGAAAACGAAAAUACUCUGAUCGAGUUAUAAAAAGCUCAAAUGGCUAUGCUUUACCUGGAACAAUGACAGUCAUCAUGGGACCCGGAAAGUCAGGAAAGUCAACAUUGUUAAGAGCCCUUGCAGGAAGGUUGGAUGAUUCAGCUAAAACAUAUGGUGAAGUAUUCAUCAAUGGAGCAAAAUCAAAGUUGCAGUAUGGAUCCUAUGGAUUUGUUGAGAGGAAAAACACACUAAUCGGAUCAUUAACAGUUCGCGAGUUUCUUUACUACUCAGCACUCCUUCAACUUCCUGGUUUUUUUUAUCAAAAGAAAAGUGUUGUAGAGGAUGCAAUUCUUGCCAUGUCAUUAGGUGACUAUGCAAAUAAACUCAUAGGUGGACAUUGUUACAUGAAAGGCCUUCCAAGUGGCGAAAGAAGACGUGUCAGCAUAGCAAGAGAGCUUGUAAUGAGGCCACAAGUCUUAUUCAUAGACGAGCCUCUCUAUCAACUUGACAGUGUUUCUGCACUUUUGAUGAUGGUGACAUUGAAGAAGCUAGCAAGCACUGGUUGCACGUUAAUUUUCACCAUUUAUCAAAGUAGCACAGAAGUGUUUGGACUUUAUGACAGAAUUUGUCUUCUUUCAAAUGGAAACACAUUGUUUUUUGGAGAGACAUUGGCUUGUUUGCAGCAUUUUUCAAACGCAGGGUUUCCUUGCCCUAUUAUGCAAAGUCCUUCUGAUCAUUUUCUUCGUGCAAUAAACACCGAUUUUGACCGGAUUAUUGCAAUGUGCAAAACUUGGCAGGAUGACAAUGGGGAUUUUUCAUCUGUUAAUAUGGACACUGCAAUUGCAAUCCGAACCCUUGAAGAAACAUAUCGAUCUUCAGCUGAUGCAGCUGCAGUUGAAACUAUGAUACUUAGGCUAACCGAAAGGGAAGGUCCAUCUUUGAAAAGCAAAGGAAAGGCAAAUAGUGCAACAAGAAUUGCAGUGUUGACAUGGAGAUCAUUAUUGAUUAUGUCAAGAGAGUGGAAAUAUUAUUGGCUUCGGUUAAUUCUUUGCAUGCUUCUUGCACUCUGUGUUGGCACUGCUUUUUCAGGAUUAGGGCAUUCGUUGUCUUCGGUUGCGACACGAGUAGCUGCAAUCUUUGUGUUUGUAUCAUUUGCUUCCCUACUAAGCAUUGUUGGGGUCCCUGCACAAUUGAAGGAAGUCAAGGUGUAUGGUUGUGAAGAUUCAAAUCAACAUUCAGGGGGAUUAGUUUUUUUAACAGGACAACUUUUCGCAAGUCUCCCGUUUUUAUUUCUAAUCUCAAUUUCAUCAAGUCUUGUUUUCUACUUUCUUGUGGGGUUAAGAAAUGAUUUCAGCUUUAUGAUGUAUUUUGUGCUCAAUUUCUUCAUGUGCCUUUUGGUUAAUGAAGGGAUUGUGCUUGUUGUUGCCACUAUUUUGCAAGAUAUGUUUUGGACUAUUUCAACACUCAUGUUUAUACAUGUCAUGAUGAUGCUUUCUGCUGGGUAUUUUCGAAUUAGAAGUGCUUUGCCGGGACCCGUGUGGAUGUAUCCCAUAUCCUAUAUUUCUUUCCACACUUACUCAAUUCAGGGUUUGUUGGAGAAUGAGUAUGAUGGGACAUCAUUUGCAGUGGGACAAGUUAGGACAAUUUCAGGGUAUCAAGCUCUUCAUAAUAUCUGUUUGGAGAUGGUUGAUGGUAGUAGCGGUGGCUUUCGAGUGGCAGUGGUGGUAGCAGAUCUGGAUCUGGUGGUGGUGGAUUCAGUGUAUUGUGGUGGUGUUGUCUUCAAGGCGAUAAUGGUAUCAGAUUUGAAUAUAGUGGUGGUGGCUUCUAGUUUUGGUCUCGUCGGAGAUGGUGGUGGUGGCAUGUGGUGUUCGCCGACAUUCUAG